GAUAUAAGUUGGUAAAACAAUACCGGUUAUUAUUAUUCACGCGGCCGAUAAAGAGGUUACUGUUAUUAUUUAAAAGUAUUUAUAGUCAUUCUGCGGGUCACAGCCGGUGCGAGCGGUGACAUGAAGCUGCUGUUUUUAUUAUUUAUUGCGCAAGUAUUUUCGGUGCAGUGUCUUCUGCACCGAUACCCAAAGCUGAAUCUUGGUGAACGUGAUGGAGGAGACGCCGGGGAGCCUCUGUUCCUCACGCCUUAUGUGGAGAGUGGUAACAUUACCGAAGGUAGGCGCCUCGCUCGAGUCCCCUUUACGGAGAGUCUCAGGAUCAAGAGUUAUGCUGGAUUUUUCACCGUAAACAAGACCUAUGAUUCCAAUCAGUUCUUUUGGUACUUCCCUGCAAUGGUUCCUAACAACAAAGACUCGCCAGUAAUCCUGUGGCUUCAGGGAGGACCGGGCGCUUCGUCCCUCUACGGAUUGUUCACCGAAAAUGGACCUCUAAGGGUGCGGAACAACAAACUUGAAAGGAGGAAGUAUAACUGGGCUUUGAGUCAUCAUUUAAUUUUCAUUGACAAUCCGGUUGGCACAGGGUUCAGUUUUACCAAAGACCCCAAAGGUUAUUGUACCAACGAGGCGCAAGUAGGCGAACAAUUGUACUCAACUUUGACUCAGUUCUUCCAACUGUUCCCGGAAUUGAGAUCAAAUAAGUUCUUUGUCACUGGAGAAUCUUACGGAGGGAAGUAUGUACCAGCUCUCGCUUACACCAUUCACAAAAAGAAUCCAUCAGCAAGUGUGAAAAUUAACAUGAAAGGCAUUGCUAUUGGAAACGGUUUGAGUGAUCCGGAACAUCAGCUAGUCUACGGUAAAUAUUUGUACCAGCUCGGCCUCAUAGUGAAUCAAGCUAAAGUCUUCCAGAAGUACGAAAACCAAACUAUUGAGUACAUCAAACAACAGAAAUGGGAGCAGGCAUUUGACACUUUUGAUUUACUUUUAAAUGGAGACAAAAUUGAAGGCAAGAGUUUGUUUUCAAACAUGACUGGCUUUGAUUUCUACUUCAAUUUCCUCCACACUAAAGACUACACAUCGUUUGAAGACUUUGGGCCGAUGCUGCAGAAGAGUUCGUUCAGAAAAGGCAUACAUGUUGGAGACUCCUUCCACAAUGGCUCUAUAGUUGAAACACACUUAAAACAAGAUGUUAUGAAGUCUGUGGCUCCAUUGGUAUCUGAGUUAUUGGAUCAUUAUUACAUUGUGGUCUACAGUGGUCAGUUGGACAUCAUUGUUGCCUAUCCAUUAACCCUGAACUAUCUAAGGCACCUCAAUUUCACUGGAGCAGAGGAGUACAGAUCUGCAAAACGGUACAUCUGGAAGGUGGAUAAUGAAGUGGCAGGGUAUGUAAAGCAGGGGGGGAAACUAGUGGAGAUUAUGGUUAGGAAUGCGGGCCACAUGGUGCCUGGAGACCAGCCUAAAUGGGCACUAGAUCUGAUCACCAGAUUUACACAUGAAAAGACAUUUUAUAAUCCUAAACAUGUAAGUCAUAAGGAUAAAGGUGGAAACUAGGUGCCAAAAAUCUAUGUUAGGUGAACAAGUUCAAAAGCAAUUUGGUGCAUUAGUUAUCAUAAAUUUAAAACGAAACUUGAUGUAGUUACCAUGUUUUUUUGGUUUAAAAUAUUUCUCAGUGGGAAA